AUGGCGAGAAAUGGCGAUGAAAACUGCAACGCAAGCGACAGCAACGUUUGGCGGUUCAAAGGGAACGGUGCAACGAGUGAUGCGGCGGCAGUAACACUGAGAAAGCUUGCCUUUGGGAUGUUCAAAAACUGCAGCUUGAACAGUGGAAAGACUGUUUUGUUCCCAACUCCAGGCGAGCCUUCCGCUUCUCCCAGCUUCAGGACUUGCCCCGAAGCCGAGGAAGCCGUGGCCGCAGCCGCACGCUCUGGCAUGGCCAACUCAUAUGCACCAAGUCCCGGAAUUUUAAAGGCUAGAAGAGCGGUAGCUGAUUAUCUUAACGGAGAGCUUCCAGCCAAGCUGAGAGCAGAGGAUGUGUAUAUCACUGGUGGUUGCAAUCAAGCAAUAGAGAUCGUAAUCGAUUCCCUUUCCGGAAAUCCAUCUGCAAACAUUCUGCUUCCUAGACCGGGCUAUCCUCACUACGAUGCUCGAGCAGUCUAUAGUGGCCUGGAGAUUCGCAAAUAUGAUCUCCUCCCCACAAGGGAUUGGGAGAUCGAUCUUGAAGGCCUCGAGGCUGCUGCGGAUGAGAAUACUGUGGCAAUGGUUCUUAUUAACCCUAACAAUCCUUGUGGAAAUGUAUAUACCUUCGAUCAUCUCACCAAGGUGGCGGAGAUGGCUAGAAAACUUGGUAUAAUGGUAAUAUCUGAUGAAGUAUAUGAUCGUGUUGUCUAUGGAGACAAGCCUUUUAUUCCCAUGGGGAAGUUUGCAUCAAUAGCUCCAAUCAUCAUGCUAGGAUCCAUAUCCAAAGGAUGGGUCGUCCCGGGCUGGAGAGUCGGUUGGAUCGCCAUGAACGAUCCUAAUGGCAUUUUUAGAUCUACAGGGGUAGUUCAAGCAAUAGAGGAUUGUCUUGAUUUAGUUGCACAACCUUCAUAUAUUCUCCAGGAAGCACUUCCUGAUAUAUUGGAGAAAACACCUAAGGAGUUCUUCGCCAAGAAGCUCAAAGCCAUGAGACGCAACGUAGAGCUUUCCUGUGAGAGGCUCAAGGACAUUCCUUGUCUCUUUUGCCCCAAGAAACCCGAAUCUUGUUCUUAUUUAUGGGUAAAGCUUGACACAUCAAUGUUUGAUAAUAUCAAGAAUGACUUUGAUUUCUGCACAAAGCUAGUUAGUGAGGAGAGUCUUGUCCUGAUACCAGGAGUGGCUCUAGGGGCAGAGAAUUGGGUGAGGAUAUCGAUCGGAACCGACGAAUCCGUGCUAGAAGAAAUAUUUGACAGAUUAAAAAGUUUCUAUGGUCGUCAUGCUCUCUCCAAGAAAGCUAUCAAAUUCAAUGGUCAUUCCAUUACCCAGAAGGGUGUUUCUGUCAUUUAA